AUGAGCAGAUCCUUUCUUUCUCCAAACUUUGGCUUUUCCAUCACUUCGGUGGAGGCCGUUGAUAUGCCUGCUGUUGACUUGACUGACUUGACUGAUUUCACUGUGUCCUAUGCGAUAACUGAACCUAGUAUCUAUCCUGCUGUGGAGCCUUUGGAUUCCACCUCCCAUAUCAUGGAUGCCACCAUUGUACAAAGCGAGCACUACGAAGAGGCCCGUGUUGUACAGAACAUCCUUUUGGACAUCCUUCAGGAAAUUAUUGCUUUCAUGGGUAUGGAUGAAUUAUCUGAGGAGGAUAAGCUGACUGUCACUUGUACCCAUAUGAUUCAGAUUCCGGCUCAUUUCUUCACUGGACACUUGGGCAAGUUGGUACCCCUUAAGAAUACAAUUAAAGAAUUCAUGUGCAUGCUUGCACAAGAGUAUGAUGAAUUUCCUGAGCAGACAUUCUACAUGGUGGGUCCCACUGAAGUUCAGAAGACAGAGAUCCUGUCUGAGGAACAUUCAUAA